AUGUCUCUUCAUCCUCCUACUACCAAAUCUGUGAUUGUUGUCGGCGAUGGAUAUGCUGCUAAAAACACGCUACAAAGCUUGGUGGCCCGCCACGGCGGAAGUGUUACUGUUGUAGCUGGUGUAUCUAACCCUGAAACUUUCACUCCUAUGGCCGGGGUAAUUCCCACAAAAGCUAACAUGUGGGACAAAUACGCCUUGGCCGAGACCUUGAAGGAACGAAACUACGCUCGGUUGUUUCUGGUUUUGCCAGGGCACGCAGAUCGGUUGCACGUGGGUAUGAACGGUCUCCAUGCCGCCAGGGAAGCUGGAAUCAAGCAGGUUGUUGUGAUUUCAGUGCUCACCGCUGAUACUCGCACUGACGUUGACGGUCACUUUCGUCCCCUCAAAGACGACGUUAAAACACUUGGGCGUGUUUCGGCUGUGGGGCGUGAAGACAAUGACGCAGCUUCUUUGGAUGAGUCUCCUCCUCCUCUUCCUCUUCUCGCACAAGCCCCAAUGGUCCGACGCAUCAGUUCAACAAGCGUCAGAAACAACGUCAGCUCUGAUCAUUCCUCUGCAUCCGGUGGAUCGCAGGAUGUGUCAGAUCCAUCCAAGUGCCUCCGAAUUCAGCGAAGGAACAUUGUUGAGGGUUGGUUCCCCAUGAAGGUGAAGAUCGUUCAGUUCUCGCUUCCCAGCUUUGACCCCAAGUCCAGAGCUGGAAAGCCAGUCAACGCGACAAGUGAUAAUGGUAUUUCCCUCCUGGAACAGGCUUUGAUGGGUCCUUAUCAUUCAAAAGUGGCUACCGCCUCGGGAAUUCCAACCACUCCUGUUGAUGAUAGCCACGUGGCUGGAUCGUCGCAAUUGCCUGAUGAUGGCACACUCUUGAACAAGGCCCCAACAGUCUGGCAGGAAUAUCUGGAGUCUCUGGUACCGCCAGGGGAGACGGUGGAAGUCCCCAAGGAAAUAUCUUUCACAGCAUCUCCUACUCCGCUAGCUCCCGCUGCUGUGGCUCCAGUUCCACCAUUUAAUGUUGCCAACAUCGACCGGUUUUCCCCUCAAGCUGAUCAACGUCCUGUACAGAACGAUAGACUGGUGGGCCUCAUCCAAGCACUUCAAGCACGACAACGUGCCUUGACUUAUCACCCUGGCUGGAUGUAA